AUGGCGCUCUCGUCAGAACAGCCCUGUUUUGUGCCUACUUCAGCGGAGGAUGUUGUACAGCGUAUCGUGACCUCGAGGGCCACCGAAACAUCUAUCAACAUUCUAGAUCUGGACGAGAUCGUGCACAGUUUUGAAAGGUGGAAGAAGAACUAUUCAGGCAUGGUUCCCUUUUACUAUCCAAGUGUGAACAAUCAUCCUGGUGUGCUUACCUUGAUGAACAAGCUCGGUGUAGGUUUCUGUUGUGCCUCAAUAAUGGAGCUACGUACAGCAAUAACCCUCGGUGUUCCCACACAUCAAAUUAGACUAGUGCAUCCUGUGAAAUCCCCGGACACCAUAUUGUACGCAAAGCAAGAAAACAUCCAACGAAUCACGUGUGAUACUAUACAGGACAUAGCGAAGGUGUGUCGCUUGCAUCCCACGGCGGAAAUUACUCUGAGGAUCAGAGUGCACCCAUCACAAAAGUUCGGUUGCUGUUCGGUGGUCGACGUGCCGGAAAUACUCAGCUUUGUCAAGUCCGACGGAGUGAACAACAUAGUGGGCAUUCACAUUGCUCUACCACAGGAACGUCCAAUCACAAACUCCACUCUACAACGGGCGCUCUACGUAGCGAAAUCAACAAUGGUGCAAGCAACUAAACUGGGUUUGAGAGAUAUCCGUGAACUGGUGCUCUCUGGAACAGAGAUCGCAUCGCCAACUCAAUUGCUGAAUGCACUGACCCUCGAAAACUUCGACUCAAAUUGUAUCUUUCUGGUCGAAACCGAACGAGACCUUGUAGAAUCUGCAGUAACACUCGUCACCGCUGUCCAGUCUAAACGGGUGAUACGUGAAUCGGGUUUAUCCGGAUCUAUACAUGAAAUCAUGUAUUUCCUCAACGAUGGACGCUACGGCUCUUUCGAGUGGUGGAACGUACUUGAAAAACAACCGACCAUAUAUCGUAACGAUAAGAAAAUGCCAUCCGAGACAACCUAUGCUUCUUCCCUGUGGGGACCUACUUGCGACUCUGCGGACAUUGUUUGUGAACAGCUUGAUCUACCGGAGCUUGGAAUAGGAGAUUUCUUGGUUUUCCCACGAAUGGGAGCAUACGGAGCGACGCUCGCAUCACGCUUCAACGGUUUUCCGAUUCCGGAGAUCAUUUUAUGCGGUCAGUUAGACGUGUCACGAACUGUUAUGAAAGAUGUACUAUCAUAA